AUUUUUUUCAAGAGAAAUUGUUGCAAUAAACAUUUAACUUAAUUUAAUUAAACUAGAUAGAAUCAACUAUUAAAAAUGCUAACAAAGGAAUACCGAAUCGCGAUGCCGUUGACUGUUGAUGAAUAUCACAUCGGUCAACUGUAUAUGAUCGCAAGGCAUUCAAAUGAGCAGUCACAAGGUGGUGAUGGAGUUGAAGUCGUUGUUAAUCGGGAAUGUUCGGAAGAUGAAGAAAACAUGAAUGACAACCAAAAAGCGUUCCUUAAAGAGCGUGAGAAGCACACAAAAGGUCAAUUUACUGAAAAGAGAAUUCAUUUGAGCUCAAGAUUGCCAUUUUGGCUACAAGCAGUCACUCCAAGAGUCUUUUAUGUCACUGAAAAGUCUUACAAUUUCUAUCCAUUAACAAUAACAGAAUACACAUGCUCCUUCCUGCCUAAAUUUAGAGUUGAAAUUUACACAAAAUUCGAAAAUAAUAAUGGGUCAACAGAAAAUGUAUUUAAAGUCCCAGAAGAAGAAUAUCCAACAAUUACAAUCGAUCAUAUGGAUAUAGCAUUUGAUGACUUAUCAAAUCCAAAGCAUUAUAAGGAAGAUGAAGAUCCAAAAUUCUUCAAAAGCUCAAAAACAAAACGUGGACCAUUAAUGGAAGGUUGGAGAGAAACAGACAAGCCAAUUAUGUGCUCAUAUAAGCUCGUUCAUACAUCUUUCGAGGUCUGGGGUUUCCAGACAAAAACAGAGGACUUUAUUCAUAGAUGUAUUCGUGAUGUACUGCUUUUGGGUCAUAGACAAGCAUUUACAUGGGUUGAUCAGUGGUACGACAUGGAUAUGGAUGCUGUCAGAGAGUACGAAAAGAAGUCUCAAGAAGAGACUAAUCAAAAAGUAUUGUCUGACGCUGAGCAACUACCAGAAAUUCCUGAAAAGCAAGAAGAAUUCACCAAAGAUUUAUCAGAAAUUGACUAGAUAACUUAACAAUUGAUGGAUGUUAAUUAAG